GUUUUAAAUUCAAUUGUGAGUAACAAGAUCAUACUUAAGAGAAAAUGAAAUACAGUUUUGCUAUUUUCAUUGGAAUUAUUUCGGUUGCGACUGCGUCAUCUGAAAUAUUUAAAGAUGUUCAAAAAAUUGAUAAAGUUACUUACACAUUGAUUCCUACUGAUGGCUUAUUAGAUUCUAGUUUAGCUGACGAAGUUAAUCGAUUUGUUGUGGAAAAGGUUGCCGAGUUUAAUGAGGAGCUCGAAAAAUUCAAUAAUAUUUCUGAAAACACACAAAUUGAAAUCGACGGAAUAUUAGAAGAUGCUAAAACCAAAAUUGAGGAAUUUUUCAAGAAAAUUAUGGAUAAAAUUAUGGAGUUAAAACGACGAGGUGGAAUUUAUAAGAAAUGUGCGGAGCAAUAUGAAACUGAAUUAAAAGAAGCUCGUCUAGCAGCUUUAAAUGCAUUUAAAGAAUGUGCUUCAAGCAUUUCCAAAGCUUUGAAAGACUUUGCAGUUGAAGUUGGAACUGAAGCUGCUCGCAUUACCAAAAAUGUUUUAUAUUUAGUUGAAAUCGCAACAAAUUGUUACAAUCAAGACGGCACCAUUAAUCAAAUCAAAUGUGCAUUCAAAGCUAUCAAGCAAGUUAUGGACACAAUUAUCGAUAUAGUAAAAGCAAUAAAGAAUUUGGUAACUUCUAUUAUUGAAAAUACGAAAGCGAUUGUUGCAGCUGUCAAAAAUUGUAACGAUAAUUAUGUAAAAGUUGUUAUAGCGAAAUUUGAAGAUUAUGACAAUAAAGUUGCUGCGUGCUACAAAUUGGAAGCAUUUUUCACGUAAAAUUUGAAUAUGAUUUUAUUCAUUAAAUAUUAAAUUAACUUAAAAUCAUUAAUUGUUUGUUUAUUUCAGUUAGUAAUUAAUCUAAUAAACAAAAAUUAAUCCAUUUUUUAGUUAAUUAAACUAAAAAACAGUAAUUAA